AUGCCUGCUACACUUACUAACGAGGAUGAGGCCACUAAGACCGUUCUGGAGUCGCUCGGCGAUCUCCCACCCACCUCUUUCCUCACACCUUCGUCGGACCUUUCGCAGCAGCUUCGCACCGCAGUGAAGGCUCUCUUCGACACCGGAAUGUCCAACCUGGACGCCGCAAAGGACGCCGCACGUGACGCCGCAUCUGGUGGAGGGAAAAAAGGAGCGUCCGGUUUUACCAAAUCACAGUCGUUAGCCCCGGAAAGGAAGUUUCCUGGGCUUUUCGUCGAUGGAUUUGAUUCGGAGCAGAUCUGGUGCCAGCUGGACCUGGCUAUGGCGCCGACACUUCCCCGCAUUCGACGGCGGCUGAAGCGGGCGGAGGAGCUCAUGGAAGGGAAGGCGGUGGGGAAGGACUUUUUUCGGGUUCCGAAGCUUGUCAGGGGGAAAGGCGGAAAGGGGGAAGCCGGUCAGGGGGGAGGGAAAGUACAAGGGAAGGAGAUGCGGGGGAAGGGGGGGAAAGGGGGGAAGGGGCGAGAAGGGGAAGGGGACGAGGAGGGAAGUGACGAAAAGGAGCGGGGAGGGCGGAAGAAGGCACAGAAGAAGAGGGCGCUCCUAGAUGGCGCCAUGAUCAGAUACGAGGACUUUUUCGGGAGGAAAGCGCCAGAGAGCCACCUGGAAGCGGAUAGGGUGAUGAGGGGCGAAGAGGAGGAGGAUGUGGAGGAUGUUGAGGUGGAGGAGUGGGAUGGGGAGGAGGAGGAUGAGGAGGAGGAGGGGGACGAAGGCGAAGAGGAGGAGGACGAGGAGGGAGAGGAGGAGGAUGAGGAGGAAGGAGAGGAGGAGGGGAAGGCAGUGGUGGAGAGGAGGAAGAAGGGGUUGUUGGAGGAGGAGGAGGAGGAGGAUGAGGAGGGUGGAGAGAAGGAGGACGAGGAGCCCAAGUCAUUGUACGAGAUCCGCCUGGAGCGGCUGAGGAAGAGGAUGCGCCAGCUGGAGGCGGAGAACCUCCACGUGGAGGCGCGCCAUUGGACGAUGCGCGGCGAGGUGACAGCUGGCAGCCGCCCGAAGAACAGCGCGCUGGCCGCUGACCUGGACUUUGAGCACGCCGCCCGGCCGGCGCCCGUGAUUACAGAGGAGGUGACUCAAACGAUCGAGGAGAUCAUCAAGAAGCGGAUUCUCAAUCAACAAUUCGAUGACGUGGAGCGGAAGGCCAAGCCCAUAGCGACACCUGUCAAGGGGAGAUUGGAGCUGGAUGACAACCCCAGCGCGCAAGGCCUGGCGGAGAUCUACGAGGCUCAGUUCCUCAAGGCGGCUGGGCAGGCACCCGAGGGCAUGAGCGCCACAGAGCAGAUCAAACACGAGGCGGCUCGUAUGUUCAAGCAUCUCUGCACCAAGCUGGAUGCACUCUCGCACUUCCACUUCGCUCCCAAGCCGAUUAUGGAUGACAUUGACGUCACGGCCAACGUGCCGGCCAUUGCCAUGGAAGAGGUGGCGCCAGUGGCGGUGUCAACAGCCAGCAUGCUGGCGCCAGAGGAGGUGUUUGCAGACGGGGAGGAGGGCAUGGGGGCGGCCCUUGCUCUCCAUCUCAUCGCCCCAGUUACUGAUUCCCCUUCUCUCUUCCAAUCCCUUCCCCCUCUCCCCCCCCUCCCCUACUCUCCCCAGGUGGCGCCAGUGGCGGUGUCAACAGCCAGCAUGCUGGCGCCAGAGGAGGUGUUUGCAGGCGGGGAGGAGGGCGUGGGCGCGGGCGGGGGCAGGAGGGGGAGUGCGCGGGGGAUGGUGAAGGGCGAGGGGGAGAUGGAGCGGGAGGACCGGAAGCGACUGCGCAGCAAGCUCAAGCGCAAGUGGAAGGGAGAGAAGGCCGAAGAGCAGAAAAGCUCUCAGGCAGUCCCAGGCAUGGCAUCUGGUGCGGGUGGUGCUGCUGCUGGCAGUGUUGGGCGCAAGUUACGGGUGGUGGAGAGGGGGCAGCAGAAGCACGGCCUAUCGGAUUUCACCAACUCAGCUAAGGUCUUCACUCACAUCCAGGACAUCAGAGCAUCUGGCAGCAAGAAGCAGCGGGCGGCAGCGCCAUCUCAGCACGAGCCGCAGCAGAUUCAGGCGGCGGCACUGAAGCUGUGA